GAGAGAGGAUCACCGCAAUCCGUCGAAACCCUAGAAACGCGAGCUUGAUUUCUCCGACGCACGUUUGCGAUUUUGCGAUUCUUCUGUCGGUUCAACGCGCCGCGGCGAUUUCGGUUCUGGCGACCGGGAGAGCUUCUAUGAGCCGUGUAGCGUUCAAGUCCGUGGUGUAUCACGGCUAUUUGCGCCUGGGGGAGCUGGACGCGGUUCCCGCGAACGGCCACAGCUUCCAGUUCCCCAACAAUGAGAUUCGGAUCCACCACAUCUCGUCAAUAAGCGAGAGGUGUCCCCCUCUCUCGAUUCUACAGACGGUGUCCUCUUUCUCGGUCCGAUGCAAGCUCGAGUCGUCCUCUCCGGACGAGCAGGCGAAUUUGAUCAACCUGCACGCCUCUUGCUUCCAAGAAUUCAAGACUGCUGUGGUGUUGCUUGGCGAAGAAGAAAUACACUUGGUGGCAAUGCCUAGUAAGCAGAAGAAGUCCCCGUGUUUUUGGUGCUUCUCGGUUCCUUUGGGUCUCUACGAAUCCUCUCUGGGAUUGCUCAAUCUACGGUGCCUCGCGAUUGUGUUUGAUCUUGAUGCGACACUCAUUGUUGCCAACACAAGGAAGUCGUUUAAGGACAGAAUUGAGGCUCUUCGAGGCAGGAUUGCGAGGGAGACUGAUUCGGUGAGGAUAUCAGGAAUGUCAGCUGAACUGAAGCGGUACGAAGAUGAUAGAGCUCUAUUGAAGCAGUAUGUAGACAGUGAUUGUGUCAUUGAUAAUGGAAAGACGUAUAAGGUUCAGGAUGAGGAAGUCCCUCAGCUCUCAGAUAGCCAUGAGAAAGUUGUUAGACCUGUUAUUAGAUUGCAGGAAAAGAAUAUCAUACUCACCCGCAUCAAUCCUGAGAUCCGCGACACUAGUGUGCUAGUAAGAUUACGACCUGCUUGGGACCACUUGAGGAGUUACUUAACAGCUAAAGAACGUAAGAGGUUUGAAGUUUAUGUGUGCACGAUGUCUGAAAGAGACUAUGCUUUGGAGAUGUGGAGACUUCUUGACCCUGAAGCACACCUAAUUCAUAAAGAACAAGUCUUGAACCGUGUUUUUUGUGUCAAACCAGGUUCAAGGAAAUCAUUGCUAAAUGUGUUUCAGGAUGGUAACUGCCAUCCCAAGAUGGCAAUGGUGAUUGAUGACCGCUCAAAGGUCUGGGAAGACUGGGAUCAACCACGACUGCAUGUAGUUCCUCCAUUUGCUCCAUAUAAUGCUCCUCGUGCAGAGGCUGCGAAUGCUGUUCCAGUCCUUUGUAUGGCAAGAAAUGUAGCGUGCAAUGUCAGGGGUUGCUUUUUCAAGGAUUUUGAUGAAAACCUGUUAAGGAAAAUCUCCAAAGUAUUUUAUGAAGAUGAGGUGGUUACUUUGCCCCAUGCCCCUGAUGUGAGCAAUUACUUGAUGUCAGAGGACUCUGGUUAUGUAACAAAUGGUGUUGCAAAAGCUCAAUUUAUUGAUGGAAUACGCAGUGCUGAAAGCGAUAAACGACUUUAUCCUCUGGGUGAAAAGUGUGCUGUUGAUGUGGCUGGCAUCCGCGCAAAAGAAACUCCUGAUGUAAAAUCGGAAACAUCCCAGCCAACCAUUACAAUAAUUUCAAACAUCGUUGGUCCCAAUGCUUCAAGAACACUCAUGCCGUCUCAGAAAAUUGGUUUGCUUGGUAAUCUUGCUAGACAAGAUUUCAGCUAUUCGGAUCAGGAAUGUGACAUGGAAACAAGAAUUCUUACUGUGAAGCAUGGUCCAGAUAUGAAGAAUCAGGGCUCUAGUGAGUCCCAUGUACUAUCUAGACCACUGGUGCAGUUACCUGCUGCCAACAUCCAACCACAAGGAGGAUGGCCUGUGGAAGAUAUCUCAAACAUAGGACAUGUAAAUUCUGGAAGUCCUCUCUCUGGAAGUCAGCAAUCUGAUAAAAAGAGGAGGUACGACAUCAAGAUCAUUAACCCUCCCAAUAGCGAACUCUUGGAAUGGUGGAACAGGCUAGAUCAAAGUGGCCACGAUUACAUCAAUUCAAAGGUUGGAAAACUUGUGUCCUUGCUUCAUGCCGAGACCCUCAUCAGUCCAGUCAGGGCAUUGGCUCACUUUUGGAAUCCCGCAACAUCCACAUUCGUGUUUGGUAGACAUGAAUUGGUCCCAACUAUUGAGGAAUACAAUGUUGCCAUAGGAAUUACCUCAAUCACUAAACUUGUUAGGCCUCCCAUCGGUUUAAAGCCCGUAAGUGUCUUAGCUAGUUUUUUGAAUAUUAAAGCUGAGGAGAUAGAUAAGGUUUUGAAAGCUAAUAGAAAUAGUUGUCCACUCACCUUUUUAGUUGAACAUUAUGCAUAUCCGACCAAGCAAUCCAUGCGUCAGUCCUCUAGGGUGUUUCUCCUAGCAUUCUUUGGUUUCGUAGUUUUUCCUGAUAGAAUGAACGCCAUGAAUCCAUUAGUUGCACAUCUAGUUGGGCAAGUAUGUCGUGGAAUGAAUUUCACCAAUAUGAUUUUAGCUGAAACUUUCUUGUCUCUCACACGUUUUAAGAACAACAAAAGAGGAAGCUUGCAUGCACCGGUUGCAAUUUUGCAAAUAUGGUUUUUUUCCCACAUCAAAGAAUUCGGUUUCAAUAUGGAGAUACAUGAGAUUAAUGAGCACACUUACCCAAUAAAAAGGUUUUUGGAAGAAUCGAAAUUCAUUCCAAGAAAGUCUUAUUCCGAAUGGAUAAGCUUUCUGAAGAACAUUGCUCCUAAAGAAAUCCUAUGGCACGUUAGGUGGACCCGAUUCCAUGCUGCCCGUCUUACUCACCAAUUGGAUAAUCCAGUCCCCUUAAUGGGAUUCACGGGGUGUACAUCCUAUUACCCCCUUAGGGCUAUUAGACAGUACGGCGCUCUUCAGGAAAUCCCACCUCCUCUAAAGUCGGACCUCUUCCAUUUGGACUUCACCCAGAAGGAUCUGAGUGGAUCCCAGCCAUGCAUCUGCCAAAUGAGUGAAUCUCAGUCAUGCAUCUACCAAAAGAAGGUGGACUACAUCGAAAGUGCUUGGCACGAUUGUCGUCCGCAGGAGAUUACCUAUGUUGAACAGUUGCAAGGAGAAAUUGAGGAACACCGAGCAUCCCUAGAAUAUAUUAACCGUCCGGUGGAUCCCGAGUGCUUGCUCUCCAUACCGGACAUACCAGUGAAACCCACGCAGGCUGCUCUCCGAGAACAAAUUGAGCAGCUUAAGCGGGAGCGGGAUGAGGCGCAAACUAAUGCCUCUAAUUUGGCCCUGCAGAUUAAGAGAUUGCGUUAGACCUAUAAGUGGCCUCAUUGUAUCUAGAGUGCAUUUCAUGUACAAAGUACAUUGAAAUCAAUAGUGUUUUCUUUGAUGAUUCAUAUGGGUGUUGGAUUGA